AUGCUGCCAGUAGAUGUGGUGGAGGUGAAGCCUUCACCUGUAAAAAUCAGAAAUCAUGGGCCAUCAAUGACAAAUUGGCCUUUUGGAUUUGCUGCUGCCACCAUUCCAGGCUUGAGCGAACAAGACCGCUGCUGUGCAUGCUAUAAACUUGAUUUUACCAGUGGUCCAGUCCAAGGAAAAACCAUGAUUGUCCAGGUCACCAACAGUGGAGGGGAUGUGAAUGCGUUGGAAUCUUCAAUGGAUGCCAGUCACAGUGGAAUACACCACCUGAUAGAAGAGGCAAUCGAUGUGGUGGUAUUUCUUCUCUUCAAGCAUGUGAUGCUCUUCCUCAACAAAUUCGAGAUGGAUGCUAAUUUAGAUUUGAUUAGUUGA